AAAGACAGAAAGACAGCUUUAUCUCUCAGCUUUCACUUGAAAUAAAAAUAGCCGAAACACUGGUGUAAUUUUUGUUUGUAUUUUCGUUUCAGUUUUCUUGUUUAGACCUUUGUUUUUUACCGCAAAUUUGAUUGUUUUUAUUGACAAUAUAGAUCAUCAUUUGGUACAUCACUUUGCGUAAAUGUGAUCAAACCAGUAAACAACCCAAAGAUAUUGUCAAUCUUUAUUUUUUGGUUUUCAACUUGAUGCUUGGUUAAUUAUACGUAAAUCGUCUUGAUCAUCAUUACCUCCAUCUUUACUUUAACCAAAUCACACUGUGAAUAUAAUGAAGCCUAGGUGGAUGAACCUGUGUUGACGUUACCGGACGUGAUGUGGUUUCAACAAAGACAUAAAACGAAAUCGUUGGAUGAUCUAGAUUAAUUUUGUGACAAUAAAAACAGAGUAAAUUUCAAGUUUAUUCCACUCCAUCAUCAAAUAUUUAAGUGUGUUUGAUGGUAUAAAAUUUAAGUGAUAACUAACAUCUUUAAACCUGAUAAGAAACUUUAAAAGAAAGUGAUCAAUUCAAAUUGGAAAUAAUGGAGCCCAUUUUUGACGCAACGCCGACUACUGCAAAACAAAUAAGUGAUUUAUUUGGAAAUGCUGCCAAUAAUGAUCUGUCUAGCAGUACCAAAGGAGAUGAAUCUUCUCGUUCACAAUCCUCUAAAGAGCCAAAUGAACGGGUUUUGGAUCAAUAUGCCCUCAUUAGACCAGAUGAAGAUAUCUACAAAUCGCUAGUUGAUCAUAUUAAAGCCAAAUUGUUCUCUGGGAAUGGAGAAACACUAUACCAGAUCGGUGUUAAUGAAAGAGGUGAUAAUGGAUUAAGUGAGGAUGAGAUGACUGAAUCAAUUGCUACCUUAUCCAGAAUAGUCGCUGAAUUGAACGCUGAUUACGUCCUUUUAAGAUCUAAAACAUUACCGAAUGGUAAACAAAUUGGCGAUUAUUUAAUACGAGAAAGAGCCAAAACUAAUGACUUUCAUGAAGUUAGAGUUGCCGUUGUGGGUAACGUUGAUGCGGGUAAAAGCACCCUUCUUGGUGUUCUAACUCAUGGUGAACUUGACAAUGGUCGUGGGCUAGCGAGACAACGUCUUUUCCGCCAUAAACAUGAAAUGGAAUCCGGUCGGACAUCUUCAGUUGGUAAUGACAUACUUGGUUUUGAUAGUAAAGGAGCCAUUGUUAAUUCAGCUGAUACUCAUGCUGGUCACCUUGAUUGGGUUAAGAUAUGUGAAGCGUCAUCUAAAGUGAUUACAUUCAUUGACUUGGCUGGCCAUGAAAGGUACCUUAAAACAACAAUAUUUGGUAUGACUGGACAUGCCCCUGAUUAUACGAUGCUCAUGGUCGGUGCAAACGCCGGUGUCGUUGGUAUGACCAAGGAACACCUUGGUUUAGCUUUAGCUCUCAAUGUACCCGUUUUUGUUGUCAUUACAAAAGUAGAUAUGUGUCCACCAAAUGUACUUGCAAACACAUUGAAACUUUUACAACGUAUUCUCAAAUCUCCUGGUUGUCGAAAGAUACCUGUAAUGGUUGGCAGUGAAGAUGAUGUUGUCUUAGCUGCUUGUAAUUUUGCCACUGAAAGACUUUGUCCAAUUUUCCAAGUCUCUAACGUUAGUGGACUUAAUCUCGAUCUUCUCAAAAUGUUCAUGAAUCUUUUAAUGCCAAGAAGUCCAAAUUAUGACAAUGAACCUGCUGAAUUUCAAAUCGAUGACACAUACUCUGUUCCUGGAGUCGGUACUGUAGUCUCUGGGCUUUGUAUAAAAGGAGUUAUUCGUGUCAAUGACGUUCUUUAUCUCGGCCCUGAUUCCCUUGGUAAAUUUACUCCUAUCGCUAUUAAGUCUAUUCAUCGUAAAAGAAUGCCGGUUAAAGAAGUCAGAAGUGGACAAACAGCAAGCUUUGCGCUCAAAAAGAUGAAACGUUCAGACACUCGUAAAGGAAUGUUUCUCUUAGCACCUAGUCUAAAUCCUCAAGCCUACUGGGAAUUCGAAGGAGAGAUUCUGGUUCUGCACCAUCCAACCACAAUAAGCCCUCGUUACCAAGCCAUGGUUCACUGUGGCAGUAUUCGUCAAACAGCGACAAUCAUUCGAAUGACUAGAGAAUGUUUAAGGACUGGAGAUAAAGCUGGUGUAUUAUUUCGUUUCAUCAAAAACCCUGAAUAUUUGAGGGAAGGACAAAAGAUGGUCUUCCGUGAAGGUAGAACAAAAGCGAUUGGAAACAUUGUGAGGCUGAUAUCAGAUGCAGCGCCGAAUAAUGUCAAUAAAACUAAAGCUAAAAAAAUGGUUCGACAAAUGAAAACUAGUCCAGAAGAUGGUCCUAGUGAUGAUAAAAGUGGUAAAAAGAAAGGAAGACACAGGAAUUUCUAUCCAGAAAAUGAAUCAACGGGGUCCAACAAUGUUCAAUAGUUGUAUUAUUUAAAUUCAUCCAAGUUGAUGAUGAUAAAUAAUAAUGAUUUAGCAAUUUAUCAGCUUCAAAAAAACAAGAAGACAUAUGAAAAAACAGAACUGAAGCCUAUUUUUCAGCUAUUUAUCAAAAUGGUUAUUUUUUCUAUAAAAAAGUCUAUGAAUUAAGUGAGAUGAGGAUUUACUCAUUCAAAUGAACGUUUGCAGCUAUUUAUCUAAGAACAAAUAAAACAAUAAGAACAAAAAAUGCCUAAAAAUAAAUCUACAAACAGUAAUGAAUUGACAUUGAUUCAGUUAACCUCGAGAUAUUCCAUGUAAUGAUUUACCAUGAUAACUAUUGUGCAUGACUGGUUAAAGUCAUUGUAAUGUUACAAAAAAAUGAGCUCAAUGUUCAAUUCAAAAUUACAUUUUUCAAUGUUGACUUAAUAAUUAUGUUUUUUAAUUUCAAACAGCAAUUCGGAACCAAGCAAUUAGUAGACGUAAUUUGAAAAUUUAAAGGGUUAUCCUUAAUAUUAACCUAUUCUCAUGUAUCUCAACGUACCUCGAAAAUAAACUCACUUUGCUUAUAUUCAUGUUAAAAUGAA